AUGGGAAAGCGUGUCCACGUGAACCUGAAACAGACGCCACCUUGUAGCGCUUCACCGUGUGUGCCGCGACAGGCUGUGAUAUCUUCCGCUUGCUGGACGUCCCGAUCCAGUGCAUUGUCUUCUUCGAGCGCUGUAUCCCGUGUAGCAACAGGGUCGGAGCAAAAUUAUGCAGGGCAGCACCUGCAUUCUGGUUUCAACAUGAAUGAUGCGUGUGCAAGGCAGCACGCAAGUGUAGAUCCUUUGUUUCACCAAACAUCUACAGAGUCGUCUGCGCCUACUUCCGGCACAGCGGGUUGCUUCUGGACAGCAUGGCAACUGCUUUGUCGAUGGCUGCAGGAUGCAAGUCGGCGAAAUGCUGUCGCCGGCGCAGAAGGCAAGGCCGUGCUUGUUGAGACCGAUGAGGUACCUUCCGCGGCUCUUGUCUGCUUGGAGGUCGAUGCUGGAACAAUUGGCACCCUACUGUGCACCGGCUCAGUGUGGCUGAAGGUGUUAAGUUUCUGCAGUGUCCAUGAGGCCGCAUCCUCGGUGCCCUGCUGUACCGAGACGUUGGCAGGCGCACGCGACGGAUAUGGCCGCUUACUCGCUGGCUCCGUCACGCUCUCACGCGGAUGUGCUGCAAUGGAGCAGCUUGCCAGGAUUUCACCCCACUUACUCGUCAAGCUGAGUUUGCCCAGCCUGGCGUCCGGUGCGGAAAGCGAAGCAGUCUUGAAGAUGCUUGCGCAGAUGAGGGGCGAGCUGAGGGCGCUCAAGGAGGUUUCUGUCCACAUCGCCCCACCGCGACUGCCGAGA